AUGGCAAAGCGGCUGAAGGAUGGCUUGGGUGGUAGUGGACUGGAGAGAGGCCCAUGCGGCCCAUAUAAGUGCAUCUGGCCCAAAGAAGGGAAAUCCCAACGGCAAUGGCCCAAAAGUUGGCCAUUUGGUUCAAACCCUACCACGCCACCAUAUAAGAGAGAGUUGGGGGUGUUUGAGAGGGAGGUUCCAGACGGCGAAAAUUCUGCGGAAACUGGACCGGACGAAUCAAUUUCCGGGAAGAGGGCCAUGAACGACAGCCGCGUUAACAUCCUCCUCCGCUCGCCACCUGACUGCUGCCACACCCUCUUGCCACCACCUCCGAGUUACCUAUUUUGUUUACCAGUGGCCAUGGCUCUUCCACUCGGCAAACUCACCAUAAUUGUUGUGCCUUCUUUCAUCGAUUGCUUGUCCUCCUCCGGCUAUGCACGCCUAAAUUCCGACGAUUCGAGUGCUCUCCUCCUCCGGCGAUUUAAGGCAGUUUCUUUGCCCCCAGGUGCUUUACCUGAGCCACCAUCAUCUUCUAAUAAGGCUGGUGAAUCUUCCCGAAGCAAACAGGUUGUACUCUAUCCUUCGAAUUCAAUAAAGGGUAAAGUUUUGUCGUCAGGGCUGAAGAUUUUACCGAAAAAGGAUAGAAACUCAUUCCUUGCGAGAACCGAAUGCGUGCUGCCAUUGUCGUCGGGAACCACCACGACCACGACCACAGCCGCCACCAGAACCGACAGAGCCACCAAGGCCAAGGCUGAGGGAGAGAAUCCGGCAGCAUUCUUGAGCAGGCUCAAGAGGCCGAGCUCCUCGGCCUUGGACAAAAGGCCGAGUUUUUAUAUGGACGAGAGGGUAAAACCGAGCUCCUCGGCUUUCGAGAGGAGGCCGGAUUUCUCGACAUAG